CUUCGCCACGAUCCCAAGAAAUAUGCCCGUGCCCAUGAGCUGCUGGAAAUGGCCAAGAAGAUUGCGCGAGACAAGCGGAUCAUGGACAUUGAGGAUUUGGUGGCAAAUGAGAAGGCGCUCGAAUAAGUCAUCGAAGGAGAAGAAGCAAUUCCUCCGCCUUCCCUGGUCCGUCCGGUGGCCCAGACCAGGAAUGGGUGGCCGAUGGGAGUGCUAUUCAAGCAGAGCGUGUGUUGUCAUCAGCAGACGUUUUCUUCGUUGACGAUGAAUGUACCACUGGCAUUCGCGGCAAUAACAUGCAUCGAUUUAUGCGAUGGGGGCUUUUCAAUCGUAACAUUUGCAGCCCUGUCCUGGGCUAUGGAGGCCGCAGCCCGUCGGGGAGAUGGCCACGGCCCACCGAACAUGGACGGCGGAAACUUUCGCUUGCGAGAGCAGGGUCAAAAGCCCGCUCUCCCCCAGGGCCAGCCUCGGACGGUUGCUGCCCGGCGAUCAUCCGUCUCAUCGGUGCCGACUUACUGAUGGCGGUCCGGUUCCUCCAGACAGAUAACCUUGCCACAUGGCAUACGGCAUUGGACAGCGAAAUCAGAGCCGUCCAGGCUGCCUCAUCUCGAGCCAAGAAGAGCGGCCCGAGCCUUGAUGAUCUACAUGGCCAAGUGCAUGGCAGCCUGGCCAAACGCAUCCGCACAGAGCCAUCGCCCAGUUUCUCUGUGGACGACCUCGGACUCGUUAUGAAAUGGAAGCUGUCGAUGGGCAAGUUCCGACCAAGACUCUUCUCUCUGGUGACCUCGAACACUGAUCAACUUGUGCAAAAGGCCACCCACGACGGGCUUGCUGCUGUGACUCCGGUCAGCACACUUGACUCGGUGGUCAGGGCAAUCCAAGCCCUGUCGGUCCUGAGCGGCGUUGGGGUUGCAACAGCCUCAGCGAUCCUAUCGAUCUACGAUCCAUCGGUUCCAUUCAUGUCCGACGAAGCUCUCGCCGAAGUUGGACCUGCGGGCAAAUUGGCAUACACGUUGCCGGCAUACAAGCGAUUGUACGAGACGCUGAAGAGCAAGGCUGCGGAGCUCAACAAGCUCGAGGGGAAAUCCCUGUGGACGCCGGGGGCAUGCGAACGAGCCAUCCGUUUCGGAACGAUUGCGCUUCGGCUUGGGGCUUUGGACAAGGAUGCCUUUGAGUCUGCUGCCACAAACGAUGUCAAGCCGUCUGAGGACGAUCGUGGGAAACCGGAACAGCCAGUCGAAGGCAAUGACGCUGCCAAAGCAAGCUCCCGUGGCAAGCGCAAGCGACAGAAUGCGGACGAUCUGACGGACAAUGCAUUGCUCCGUCGCUCUGCACGCACAAAGCGAAAGUCGUGAGGAUUCCGAGGGCCACCGCAUUCUGCUGCCGGGACUUCCAGCAUGUGGAAAGUAUUCGGCGUGAAAGCAGUCCGCAUCCGCGCGGCUGCUUUCGAGAGCUUCAGGGACUCCGGAUCGUCCGUGUGGCUGCUGUUGUGCUGCAAUGUUCCCA